UUGUAUAUUGUACAUAAAUAUAAAGUUUUGCCAAAUACUAGCUCUGCUAGUUAGCUCUAAUGAAUUUAUCCACGUCGUUGACACUGAAUUGGUAGAGUCCGAUGUCCUUCGCUUGGUGACUCGGUAGCUAAAGGCCGCGGGUUUGUACAAAAAUAAGGAAGCUAUGGUGAAUCCUGCAGCCCGUCGAUACUGGGUACAUUUAUUUGUCCCUGCGGGCUUUGUGAUUGGAUGGUACCUCGAUAAGCUGCAAGACCAGAAGCUGACGGCUUUUAGAAACAAGAGUGCGUUGUUCGGAAGGGAGCUGAAGCCUGACGAGGAGGUGACCUGGAGGUAGAGGAGUAAACAUCCUCUCAGCUGUAAAUGAUUUCUGUUGGUCCUGAGAUCCAUGUACAUAAGAAGAGUCAUGUGACUCUCUUGUCACUUCCUUUGAGUUGUAUCAAACAAUAAUAAAUGAUGGUCUCGAAGAA